AUGUCUGCCCAGAGGUUAAUUGCUAACAGCACAUCCCAGCAAUCUGCGUCUAAUUCUGAUUAUACAUGGGAAUAUGAGUAUUAUGAGAUUGGACCAGUUUCCUUUGAAGGACUGAAGGCUCACAAAUAUUCCAUUGUGAUUGGAUUUUGGGUUGGUCUUGCAGUCUUCGUGAUUUUUAUGUUUUUUGUGCUGACACUGCUGACCAAGACAGGAGCCCCACACCAAGACAACGCAGAGUCUUCAGAGAAGAGAUUCAGAAUGAAUAGCUUUGUGUCAGACUUUGGAAAGCCCCUGGAGCCAGAUAAGGUGUUUUCUCGACAGGGCAAUGAGGAAUCCAAGUCCUUCUUUCACUGCUACAUCAAUGAAGUAGACCACUUGGAGAAGGCCAAAGCUUGUCUCCAGACCACGGCCCUCAACAGUGAAGUUCAUCUCCAGGAAGCCAUCAGAUGCAGUGGGCAGCCAGAGGAGGAGUUGAACAGGCUCAUGAAAUUCGAUAUCCCCAAUUUCGUCAACACAGACCAGAACUCCUUUGGAGAAGAUGAUCUCCUGGUUUCUGAAACACCUACUGUUCUAGAAAAUAAGCCAGUGGUCCAAACGUCACACAAAGAGUUGGACUGA